GUCGGAUCCGCUGCACAGGAGCAAUAACAGAACUCACAUUGUACAAACAUCUCAGUUGAAAUCCUGUCUCAGAGAAUGAGGCUAGUGAAACGACGCCUCCUGAAAUUGUUGCUGCUCAGUGUUGUACUGGGCUCACUAUGCAUGCUUCGGGUCAGUCGCCCCAAAAUGAGCUGGAAUCCAAGCUACAUUAUGGGAUACAGCUGGCUGGAGUACACAAAUGAGGAUGGCGGCCCAGAGAAAGUGUGUAACUGUUCUGCUAUCCUGCGGGGAGAGACGGGAGCACUUGAGCAGGCCAAACUACUGACCAUCACUAAAGACUUCAAGGAGAGUGUUCAGAUCCCUGAUGAGUAUUAUAUCAAUGCAACUCAAGACUGCAGUCAAUUCAAGUUAAGCAGGAAAUACUUACCAUACCCACUGAGCCAGGAGGAAGAGGACUUCCCUCUGGCAUAUUCUAUGGUUGUCCAUCAUAAGGUGCAGAACUUUGAGCGACUGCUUCGAGCCAUCUAUUCACCUCAAAAUAUUUAUUGUGUCCAUGUGGACAAAAAUUCAGACACCUCAUUCUUCUCUGCCAUCAUGGGCAUUACUUCCUGUUUCCCGAAUGUCUUCAUGGUCAGCAAGCCUGUGAGCGUGGUCUAUGCUGCCUGGCCACGAGUCCAGGCUGACCUUAACUGUAUGGCUGAUCUUUAUGACGCCAGCACAAGAUGGAAAUACUUCAUCAACCUCUGUGGUCAGGAUUUCCCACUGAAAACCAACUUGGAGAUUGUACAGAUGUUGCGUUCACUGAGGGGCGGUAACAGCAUGGAGUCGGAACAAAUCGGAAGAAAAAAGUGGAGGGUGACAAAUUCUUUCCAGAUAGUUGAUGGACAAAUCCAGGCAACAGGAAAGGAGAAGGACCCACCUCCAUUCAACCUGCCUAUUAUGUCAGGAAAUGCCUAUAUUGUGGUGAGCAGAGGCUAUAUCCGCAGCGUGCUGGAGGACAGCCGAAUACAGGCUCUAAUCGAGUGGGCCAAAGACACCUACAGUCCUGAUGAGUUCCUCUGGGCAACUAUUCAACGGAUCCCUGGUGUCCCUGGAUCAACUUGGCCCAACUCCAAAUAUGACAUGACAGACAUCAAUGCUAUUGCACGGCUGGUGAAGUGGUGGUCGCAUGAGGGGCCACAGGGUUCACUGGAUGCAGUGUACCCAGAGUGUCAUGGCAACCAUGUCCGGUCAAUAUGUGUGUAUGGUGCUGGAGACCUACCGUGGCUGCUUAAACAACAUCACCUCUUUGCCAAUAAGUUUGACACUGACACAGAUCCCAUUGCUGUCUACUGCUUGGAGAAGUACCUGAGACAAAAGGCACUGGCUGAAUUACAUUGGAUGUAGAUCGAGAUUUUGUUGCACAGAUAAUUAAAAUUAUUCUAUUCCUGCAAAGUAAAGUGAUAUAUAUAUAUUUUUACACAACAAAAUAAUUGAUUAGUGUGAUUAUAAGAUAAACAAUCAUUAUCUUUGAAAUGGUCAUUGGAAGGUCUGUACUUUCUGCAGGACAUCUAAAUGUUUUUUAUUUCCGAUGCUGGCAGGUUGGAUUGGCUGCAGAACGUGUGGAGCAGAGCUCAGAAUGACAAAUCUGUAGUUCAGUCAGUCUUGUGCAGUUAAGUUACACAUAAGGUGAAUGUCAUGUCAAAUACUAAAUACUUACCUGUGCACUACUUCAGGACAGAGUACCAGCUAAUUUCUCACCUCUCCAGCAGGUGUCACUAUUUCUCAAGUUUGGCCAAUUAACUUGAGGUCAAGUUGCUAUAAAUUAAGAAUGUGCUCCACAAUUUCCACAAACAAAUAAUUUUUUUCCACCUGUCCUCUGCGAAGUUUUCCGACACAUCUGUCUCCCAACUUUGUCUCAAACCUUCCAAUGAUAGUUGUAGUUGUAUUUGCACUUCUCCAGUAACAGAUGCUUCAGACUAUCUUUCAGGUGAGUGCUCGUCCAUGUGGAAUGAUGGCACUUAGGCAACAAUACUGAUUCCUCACUUUCAUACUUUGUUUUUUUUAAAUUAUAUUUUUUAUGUUAUUUUUUUGUUUUUGUCUAACUUGUAUUCUAUUUCCUGUGAUGUUGCACUAAAUAUAGUUGCACUGUUAAUUCCGUUGUAUGCAGACUUUACAAUCACAAUAAAGCCAUUCUUUGUUCUGUAUUCUGUAAUAUGGCCACAUGUCA